AUGCCGACCAGAAGCAUCAACCCGUUCGCGACGUCCACCCCCAUCUCCCCCGCCUCCGACGCCCUCAACGAGAAGCGCGACGAGCCGCGGCGCGCCUCGUUCACCAAAGGCAACAAGUUCACCGCCCUCUUCGGGGGCGCCUCGCCCAAGGCCCGCACAGACGCCGCCGCCCUGCGCGAAGCCCUCGUUGCCCAGCAGCAGGCCCUCCUCAACUCGCCCUCGCCGCCCCAGCACAUCAACACGGCCUCCAUCUCCCUGCCCUCCAUCAGCCUCACCACCGCCACAGGCGAGAAGAUGCCCACCGAGCCCAAGACCCUGUUCCAGCCCCUCACCCCCGACGAGCAACGCCGCCUGGCCCGCGCACACGCUCAGUUUGGGCCCCUCGGCUCCCACGCCCACCGCUACACCAGCAAGUUCGAGGGCGAGUUUGGCGACCCCAUCGAAGACGAGCCGCCCUACUACUUCCUCCUCACCACCUACAUCAGCUACCUCAUCUUAAUAGUAUUCGGACACGUGCGCGACUUCUUCGGCAAGCGCUUCAGGCGACAGCACUACAGCCACCUGCAGGAGAAGGAUGGCUACGCCCCUCUCAACAGCGACUUUGACAACUUCUACACCCGCAGGCUGAAGAUGAGGAUCAACGACUGCUUCUCGCGCCCCACAACCGGCGUCCCUGGACGCUUCAUCACCCUGCUUGAUCGCAAAUCCGACGACGGCAACAACACGUUCAAGAUGACAGGCACCACGACCGAGACACUCAACCUGAGCUCCUACAACUACCUGGGAUUCGCCCAGUCAGAGGGUCCCUGCGCCGACGCAGCUGAAGCCGCCAUCAGGAAGCACGGAAUCACAAUGGCCAGCCCCCGCGCUGACGCCGGUACCUCUGAGCUCACCGUCGAGGUCGAAGAUCUGAUUGCCAAGUUCGUUGGCAAGCCAGCGUCCAUGGUCUUCUCCAUGGGUUUCGUCACAAAUGCCACCACCUUCCCCACCAUUGUCGGCAAGGGCUGCCUCAUGAUCUCCGACGAGCUGAACCACUCUUCCAUCCGAUUUGGUGCCCGUCUUUCGGGAGCCAUGGUCACCAUGUUCAAGCACAACGACAUGCGCGACCUCGAGCGCAAGCUGCGUGAAGCCAUCUCGCAAGGACAGCCCCGCACACACCGUCCCUGGAAGAAGAUUCUGGUUGCCGUCGAAGGUCUCUACUCCAUGGAGGGCACCAUGUGCAAUCUGCCCGGCAUCAUCGAGCUGAAGAAGAAGUACAAGUUCUUCCUCUUCAUCGACGAGGCUCACUCUGUCGGCGGUGUCGGUCCCCGCGGACGUGGUGUUUGCGACUACUUCGGCAUCGCACCUAGCGAAGUCGACCUGCUCAUGGGCACGCUUACAAAGUCCUUUGGUGCCAACGGCGGUUACCUCGCAGCAGACAAAGCCAUUAUCGACAAGCUACGUACCACCAACGCCGCCAUGCUCUAUGCCGAGUCCCCAACGCCGCCUGUCCUUGUUCAGAUCGCUUCCGCUCUCCGCAUCAUCAACGGCGAAAUCAUCCCUGGGCAGGGCGAAGAGCGUCUCCAGCGUCUCAGCUUUAACAGCCGCUACCUCCGUCUCGGGCUAAAGCGUCUCGGCUUCAUCGUAUACGGCCACGACGACUCGCCCAUUAUUCCCGUCAUGCUCUACAACCCCGCUAAGAUGCCCGCCUUCUCACACGAAAUGCUCAAGCGCAAAAUCUCCGUCGUCGUCGUCGGCUACCCUGCCACACCUCUGGUCUCCUCUCGUGCGCGUUUCUGCGUGAGUGCUGCACACACCAAGGAGGACCUCGACCGUAUGCUGAGCGCGUGCGACGAGGUUGGCGACAUCUUGCAGCUCAAGUUCAGCUCUGGCGUUGCGGGUGGUGCUGAGCCAGACGAGACGGUAGAGAAGACGGGCAAGCUGCCCGAAGAGAAGGAGAUGCAGCCGCCCAGGUGGAGAAUCCAGGACGUGCUGAGGAGGGGUGUGGAGGACGUGCAGUUACCGCUGCGGUAA